UAUUUAUUUUAUUUAUUUCAUUGUCUAUUUUAGUAUCUUAUUUAUAUCUUCAUCUUUAUCUCUUGUUUCCAUUCAUGCUGUAUUUCUAUUUCUACUUUGCACGGAGCAUUGGAACAAAAACAAUUUCCCCCCGGGGAUUAAUAAAGUAUUCUGAAUCUGAAUCUGAAUCUGAAUAAAAGCUUAAUAUCAUAAAAAGUAUAAAUAGUACAAGUAAGAAAAAUACAAACACCCAUGUCCUGAAUGAGCUGACCGUUUUGGCAGUGGAACAGUGUCUGCAGCACAAAGUAUGCAGAAGGAGCGAACCGAAAAACGCCUGAACUAAUAAGAAUAAAGAUCUGAAUAACAAUAGUGUGGCUGCAGACGCAUCCAAACUAAUAACAGCAACUUAGCACGGAGGCUAAGAGGUCCCCUGGGCCUUGGCUAAGUACACCUCUUCAGUAAUCCAACAAUGCAUCAAUGCAUGCACUGACAUGUACUGUUUGUGUUCUUGGCUGAUCUCAGAGCAGCAGCAAAACAGUACAAAUGAUCAGCGGCUGCCUCAGUUUCGAUGGGGUCAAGGGAGGAUGCUUCAUGUCUCUCUGAUCUUGUUUCAUAUGAACUGACACAGACUCUUUUCUUAAUGAUUGUAUGACUUUAAUCCUCGCUGUGUAUUUGCUUGUCUGAUGGUUUUCACAGCUGUCACAGAGCACACACGUUGUGUUGAAAUUUAAGACUUAAAACUCAUCCACAGCAUUAUUAAGUGAUUGAAUUGCUGUUGAUUUUGUGAUGAAGUUCUGGAAAUUGGCAUGCAGACGUUGAAGGUUGCAUGUGAGCAUUGAUCUACUGUCUGCAACUCAAAUGCUCCUGAGAACACUGAAGCAGUGGGAUGAAAGAUGUUAGUCCAGUCGUGUAUUUAGUUCAUGUUAUUCUGACAGUUGUCUUAUUGUGUUAAUUUAAGUGUAUCUUUUUUAAACGCAUGAAAUAUGUUCCACUGAAAUUUGUGAUGGAUGAAUAUCAGGGACAUGUAGCCUAUGGAGCAUACAUGAACACAGGCUUUUGUUGUUUGUGCUGUUGGUUUUCAGAAUUUUCACUCUGAACAUUUUCACAUCUCCUCCUGUUUUUAUCUGAAAUUAAUCCAUUUUGUUACUGUCCUUCUUUCCUUCCAUCACUUCCUUCAGCUGUGCUGUUGUGCAGACAUGACGAGCAACAGCAGCCUGAAUCCUUUGUACUUUCAGCUCACUCUGUUUGCAGACUAUGGGCCCCUCAGAUAUCUGUUCUUCAGUCUGUGUCUGUUGGUCUACAUGACUAUAAUCUCUGCUAACAUUGUCAUUGUUGUCACAGUCUGCCUACACAAGUCUCUGCAUCAGCCCAUGUUCAUUUUCAUCUGCAGUCUGUCUUGUAACUCUCUGUACGGCUCAGCCGGCUUCUUCCCCAGGUUUCUGAUGGACAUUCUGUCUGACACUCAUUUCAUCUCACGUCCAUUUUGUUUCAUUCAGUUACAUGUUAUUUACAGCUAUGCAGCAUGUGAGCCGAUGAUUCUCGGCGUCAUGGCCUAUGACAGAUUUGUGGCUAUUUGCCAGCCCUUACACUAUCACAGUAAAAUGACGUUUAGGACGGUGACAUAUCUUGUCCUUUUUGCCGUGCUCUAUCCUGCAUUUGCUGUUGGCCUCUGUGUCUAUCUUACUGUACGACUGCCUCUGUGUGGAGAUAAAGUGCACAGGCUUUUCUGCUCUGUGGUGCAGCUCUCCUGUGUGGACACAACUAUGAACCGUGUAGUAGGAUCUGUGUUUAACAUAACAACCUCUGUCAUCCCCCUGUUCUUUAUCCUGUUCACGUACCUGCGCAUCCUGCUUGUUUGCAGGAGAAGCUCGUCUGAGUUCAGAGGAAAGGCGUUACAAACCUGCCUGCCUCACAUAGUCUCAUUUAUAAACUAUUUUUUCUCUUUAUUCUUUGAGCUUUUGCUGAGUCGUUUUGGGAUUAAUGUGAACCCUGUUGUUGUUGCUGUAUUAUCUAUGGAGCUUGUCAUCAUUCCCCCCAUUAAUGACCCUCUAAUCUACGGCCUGAGUCUGCCUCAGAUCAGAAAUCUGAUUUUCAGAUUUCUUAAGAUACACAAAACGAUUCCUGCUGCAUAAUUCCAAACCCAACAGACAGACUGAUGUGAAUGAAGCUUUAAUUCUCUGUUGUUUCUGUAAUGUGCCUCUAAAAUAUAGUAACUCCAAUUUAAUUUGUUCACAUUCAUUUCAGACAAAUCCAAAUAUAUGUCAAGCAAAUAACUGCCACCCCUUUCAUAUUAAGUAGAAUAAUUCAAUUCAGUUUUAUUUAUAAAGCCCAAUAUCACAAAUCACAAUCUGUAUCAGAGGGCUUUACAAAAUAAGACAUCCCUCUGUCUCACUGCGGAUAAAAAAAAAACUCCUCAGGAAGAGCAACUGAGAGAGGGAGACUGAGAUGCACAGUAAUAACAACUAUAACAAUAAAUAUAAAUAAUAAUGAUAUUGGUAUAUGAUAGUAUAUGUUAUGUGUAUGUAUUAAUUAAGGCUGUCAAAUUAUUUUCUAUCAUGAUUAAUCGCUGAAUUUCAAUAGUUACUUAUGAUUAAUCACAUGUUUCAAAUUCUGCCAUUUUGUAUUUCAGAUUCAGUUUUAAAGUCCAUAUUAACAAGGUGAAGCAGUUCUUAACCCAGUGCCUUGAUUGGGAAUCAAAUAAA